AAUAAUAAUUACCCCAUAAAAUUUUAUAGUCAGUAAAUCUUAAGUGUUAAUUUUCUUUUAAUUUAAGAAUUUAAUUUCUGAUAAAAAUGUUGUGUAUAUGGUGGAUAGCGACGCUGUGUGUGAUUCUGCAAACAUCUCAUGGUUAUAUUCUCCUCACUGCCAAUAUGGAGGACGUCCAAGCUUUAGCCAAACAGCUGGCUGAGUCACCUGUUGUUAGCCAACUUAACAAAAUUUGGCGUCGAGCUUCAAGCCAAUUUCAAAAAGAAUUAAAUACAAGAAGAAAUGAUGACACUGCUAGUGUUGAGAAAGACAAGGAUGAUGGACAAGCUGAUGAAGAUCGCCGCACCAGACGCAUAAUCAAAGAUUUGGUGGCUCUAGGAAGAAGUUCUGGUUACAUUCCUACUGCAGGACCGGUUCCAUCGGCCGUGUAAUACCCAAAAAAAAGGGAAGCCAUUUUGAAACAUGGAUAUAAUAUCAAUAAUUAAAUUUGUCAAAAUAAG